AUGGCAGCACAGAGUAAACUGGCUGAGGCCGCCUUCAAAUGCAGCUGCCAGGAGUUCGUGCAUCCUUGGACCUCCAGCUGCGCCUGUGCGACGGCUGGAAUGCUAUUAUCCCUAAUCCCUGGCACAUUUAAGACCUAUAGCAUGGUCUACAUGUUGGCACUUUUGAUGCGCAGGCGCAUUCCAUCGCUCAAGGACCUUGGCAGGACUUUAGCCAGUACUCUGCAGUCGACGGCUUUCCUUUCACUAAAUGGAAGCCUCUUUGUCCUCGCUAUUUGCCUGGUGCGCCAGUUUCUCGGUGGUUUCUACUUCGGUACCGCAGCCUGGGUGCCAGCUCUUUUGGUGAGCUCCAUAUCGCUGGCAGUCGAGCGUCCGCAGCGCCGUGCUCCACUGGCAUUGUAUGUGGCCAAUGUGGGCAUCGAAACGCUGUGGAAAAUGCUAGAGGCCCGAGGACUGGUGCGAUCCAUUGCCAACGGACAGGUGCUCAUCAUGGGAGUCAGUAUCACCGCUUUGAUGUAUCUAUAUCGUGCCGGAUUGCACAGGACUGUUACCAAGGAUGCGACUUUUAAAGGAUUGGGUGUGAUCAUAGGCAAUGAGGAGGAGGGUCCGCUAAAGCCCUCUACGGGGAUCAUACCCCAGAGAUCUAACCUAGGAAGCCUAAAUUUUCGAUGCAUUACGUCGUACCUUAAAAUCUACAAUCACCUGACCACCCUCAAACAUCCCUGCUGUCCUCACCAGUUUGGCUGUGCGGUGUACGCCCUGCUUGGUGGAGUUAAACCUUUUCUGGGCGGUGUGGGUCUUCAUGUGGGUUUCAAGCUCCUGCUCAACAUUUCGAGGAUACUCCAGCAAAAGAUGCAGUGGCGCAAGCAGAUCUUCAACAAGGGUUCUCUGCAGUUGGGCAUAGCGCUCGGCAUAUUUUCACUCCUUUUUAAGAUAACUUCAUGUGGCUUCCGUCACUCUUUUGGAUAUGAUAAUGCUCUCUUUGCCAUUCCAUCUGGCUUAAUAGGAUCUUUUGGCCUUCUACACUUUCCCAAUACCACGGUGUCUCUGUAUCUGAUGUUGAAGUCCUUGCAACUCUUGUACAACUGGGGUGUCGCCGAGAAAAAGGUUCCCGAGGUGCCAAACUUCUCCAUGAUUAUGUAUGGAUUUUUCACGGCUGUACUCUGUCACUCAACGGUUCUGGAGGCAAAAUCCAUGCGGCCCAGUUACUUCAAGUUCAUCGAAAACAUUUCCGGAGGUCGUCUAAGCCGGUUCAAUAUGAAAUCCUUCGAGGCUUUUGGAGUUCAAAGUCAGGAUCAGGCUGAUUAUAUUAUCAAAAAACUGGGCAUUGUUAAGUCCUCAUCGAACCCUCUAUUUCCACUGAUUGUUUAGGAGGUCAUUAAUUGUGAUAGAGAUAUAAAGAUUUAAUAAAUUGUAUUAUAAUUUUCAA